AUGGCCUCGCCCACAUCCCUCGUGACCGAGCUACGGCCCGUCACCUCGGCAGUGCUCACCGUCCGCAUCAUCAAGAACUUUCCCUUCCGCACCGCCAAGAACCUUGUCCUCCGCGACGUCGACCUGACGACGACUACAGUCGGCCAGCUGAUGGACAGGUGUCGUGACGCCAUCAAGUCCCAGGUUGGCUUCAAGCACUACCGCACGGUCGCGCUCGACACGAUCAAGAAGUACACGGUCGCGCACGGACACAAGUCGCAGAACCUCAUCAUCAACCUCGACAACGACGAGUGGAUCCUCAGCGACCUGGACCAGACCCUGGCCGAUGCUGGGUGUGAAAACGAAACCGAGCUCUCGUUCUUCAACCGCCAGGCAUACGACGAGUUCAAGGCGCAUCCCGAGACUCGGUGGGACUAG